GGAUUGACUUCAACAGUGAGUGAUAGAGAGACUCAAUUAACACAACUUCAAUUCAACAACCAAAUAUAUUCAAGUGGUCCUCUUCAACAUUCAAAUAUUCAUUUCAUUAUUUACAACAUUCAUAUGCAGAGAACACAAUUGUGAUUCAAAAUCAAUUUAGGGUUUCAUUUUGCAAUUAUUCAAUUCCUAAAUUAUUCAAUUCAACAUAAUCUUCUUCUGUCAAUGUGAAAUCUAUGGUGAUGAAUGAUGAAAUCAAAAUUCAAUUUAGUUUAACCUAAUUCUCAAAAUCAGAAUCAAAAUCAAUGGUGAUGAAUGAUAAAACCUAAUUCUCAAAUCAAAACAACAUUCAGUUCAGACAAAAUCAAAAUGAAUAUCAAAAUCAGAAGAAGCUUACUCUAGUACUACAAUGAACAGACAGAAUCGUCGAACAAUGCAGAUAGAGAACGAAUAAGACGACGGAGAAAACGGAGAAGACGAUGGAGAGAACGAAGAAGACGACAGAGAAGAAGCUUUGAAACGGAGAAGACGACGGAGAAGAAGCUUUGAAACGGCGACGGCGUAGACGAGCGAUUUCGUGGCUGUGUGAUCUAAGUGUGAUCGUGUGUGACAAGGCUCACAGUGUCACACAUUCAGAUCGUAACAUGUGGCAAAACAAUUCCAUGAUCAAAUGACUAUAAUUGACUUAUGCACUGUGCAUAAAAACAGUCUUAUGCACAUUAACUUUUGCCGAGUGAGAGUUACUUCUAAUUUGGUUUGCUUAAAUUAUUAUUAUUAUUAUUUUUUUUAAAACAAAAGUGUCAAAAGACCCGGUUUAAUCUUAACUCGUAUAUUGAAUGAAAUGUUGAAAAAAGACCGAAACUGAACUCAAAAACAUUGCACUAAACAACCAUGAAUCCACCACCACCACCACCACCAACCUCCUCCGACCACCUGAACACAACACUCUCAUCCCUCACCAACCUCCUCACUUUCUCAACUCAAAUCCUCUCAAUCACCACCCAACCCCAAACCCUAACCACCAAUUUCAUCCCCUGCCCUUUCAAUCCCAACCACCUCAUGCCCCCAUCUUCCCUUUUCCUCCACCACCUCCGCUGCCCAUCCUCCCCUAACCCCCUUCCCCACCUCAACCACCUCCUCACCUCUCUCUCUUACCCUAAAACCCUCCAAAACCCUAACUCCAUUCACCUCUCUUCUUACUUUGAUUUCACUUCCAAUUUUUUCUACAACGAUUGCCCUGGCGUCGUUACUUUCUCCGACGCAACCUCCGUCGCUAAUUCCGCAACUUUUCAUCUCCCUGAUUUUCUAUCAAUAGAAUGUUCAGACAACAAUACCACACUCAAUCAUAAUCCCAAACCUUCCCCCAUUGUUCCUUCUGAGUAUUUUUACAUUUCACGUGAAAUUGAAUCAUGGAACAAUUUUCCUAUUACGUUUUCGAACUCUGUUUUUCGUGCAAUCCUAGGUAUUGGAAUUGCGAAAGAGAGUGAAAUGGCGAACUGGUUGUUAUCGAAUUCGCCUCAAUUUGGUGUUGUAAUUGAUACUUCUAUGCAGUGUCAUAUUUUUUUGCUGUUUUGUUUGUGUUUUAAGGCAAUUCUUAGAGAUGUUUCUGUUUUGAAUAAUGCUUUAGUAUGGUUAGAAUCUCAGGUUUCGAUUUUGUAUGGUGUUAAUGGGAAAUUGUUUGUUCUUAAUUUUGUGAAAAAAUGUAUUCUUGUUGGUGCUUCGGUUCUGUUAUUGUUUCCUUUAGAGAAUGAGGUUGGUGAUUCUGUUGAUUCAAAGAAAGAGAAGAAUAAUACCACAGAUUGUAUUCGGGAGAAGAAGAUUUUAAUGCCGCAAGUUGUAGCGGGUGUUGCGGCGUUGCAUGAACGAGCAUUGCUUGAACGUAAAUUUAAGGGAUUUUGGUUUCCGCAUCCAUCAAAUAACUAUCAGCUGAAAGCUGAGCAUUGUUAUUUAUCUGACAAAGCUAACGAAGAGCGGAAUAAGCGUGUUGAUUAUAGACCUAUAAUUGAGUAUGAUUGGGUUCAUCGGCAGCAUUCACAUAACCAGGGAACACAAAAAGAGAAGACACGAGAGGAGUUACUAGCUGAAGAAAGGGAUUAUAAACGUCGAAGAAUGUCUUAUCGUGGCAAGAAGAGAAAUCAAUCAACUAUACAGGUGAUGAGGGAUCUGAUAACGGAAUACAUGGAGGAAAUCAAUCUGGCUGCAGGUGUAAAGAGCCCCGUCAGUGUUUCUGAAGACAAUAAAAUGCCUCCUCCUAAACUUCCUUCUAGUCACGCCAUUCCCAUGGAAGCCGAUAAUUCAGGAAAAGCUAGUCAUGACUCACCUGCAGUGACAAUCAGUAACCCAGGUUAUCAUGAGCAACAAUCUCACACAAAUUAUUCUGACAAAAGCGAAGCUGUACAUGAUGCUACUUCUAGAGAUUAUGAACAACAUAAACAAGGACAUCACAAGAGCCACCAUUACAGAGAAGAUCAACGGAGUGCUGAUCAAGGAAAUCAUAGGAGUCGUACUUCAACAAGCCCUGAAAGACAUAGAAAUCGUGCUUCAACAAGCUCUGAAAGACAUAGAAGUCAUAGUCGAUCACAUGAUCGUAGAGUUCAUCAUAAGAAACAAGAUUACUCAAAUGAAAACAAGUACAAUAACUCGUCAAGAACCAAGGAUAGGGACCAAAAUGUAUUUUCAGAGCGCUAUGAUCCUUCGGAGUAUCAUGAUGUUAGGGAGCAUGAUAGCUCCCCUGAUGACAAAUAUAUCAAGCCAGAUAAAUUUUAUCCUAAGGAACUUAAUUAGCUAUGCUAGCCAAAACUAUGAAGGCAUUACAUAUGCAGUGGUAUUAACAUAUCAAGCUUUGGCGAUUUUAGCAAUGUAUCCUCUUUUGUAUCCUUAACUGUGAAAUAGUAUCUUUGAAGCAUUCCUUGGAGUGAUUUUACUGUCCAUAUUAUCACUAUGUCUUUAUUUUUCCUCUCAAGUUAAAUGCAACAAAAUGCAAUUAUGUCAACCACAAUAAAAAUUCUCAUUGUGUUAGUGACAAAUUUUGUUACUUUUUAGUUUAAUUACAUGGUAUAUGUGUCGCUAGAAGAAAUGAAAUAAGAUGUUAAUGUUCUAAUUUGGAUAUUGAAUUAUUUGAUUACCAAAAUGCAAUUUUAUAGGAUCCUAUGUCUUUAGUAGCUUUAGGUAUUGAGGUGAAACAACUUCAGAGAAUUUUUUGUCUCAAUAUACAUAUAGAGUGAUUUGAUUUGAAUUCUUUUAAAUUGCUAUUAUUUUCUUGUCAUCUACUUCCCUGUUGUGCUCACUUCUCUCCCAAUCACUUGCUGCUUACCUUGGCUUAGAAUAUGUGAAGGCUAGCCAAGCAUUGUCAUUAUUCAACUAUUUAUAUUAUAUAUUGCAAGAAAAUUUGUUAAAUACUUCAGCAUUAUAUGAAAUCAAAAUGCCUUUGACGGCUAACUUGUUUUGCUUUAUUUCAUUCAGGUUGAAAAAAAACAGAACAUUUCAAUAUCUACCUGAAUUCCCUCUAUUCUUUUUUCUUUUUAUUUUGCUGUUUCUGAGUGACACAUCAAUUGACUUCUCUUUGUUUCAACAUUGUUUAGUAGUAGAGAGACUCAGCCGCGAUGGAGUGAUUACAAGCUCAGGACUGCAGAUGUAACCAUGAUAACUGUGGAGGCCGGGGCUCAGCGGGAGACAAUACCAAACAAUUUAUUUUGGAAGAGAAGUGGUCUCAGUUCUUGCUUUGCACAAGGGCCAAGUGGUCGUAUGUCAUAAGAUGGAUUGUGAACUGCCUCUUCCCAUUUUUGAGAACUUAACUUUAUUUUGAAAGAAUGUCCACAGGUUCUCUUGAUUGGUUUUAUAGGGUACUUUGAAUGAUAUACCAGAAUGCUGUACAACUUAAAGGGGAAUUAUCACAGUUUAGCCCCAAGUAUGCAAUUGGAUUAGACUAAUGUGGGGAAAGAACAAGUUACCCUGAAUGUUUCCUCUGAUAGCUAUUUUUCGUUUUGAAAGUAGCGUAAGAUUAAUUUGUCAGAAUAUGGUUAUCGUGCUACAUUCGUUAUGCAUUUCAUUAUUAGAAUGAGUUUUGUAGUUCAUGAA